ACGAUUUGUCAAAUUAUGGUAGAAUUUAGAAAAACCAUCGAUGUUCACGACUUAUUUGGUAAAGUAAAAUCUGAAAACUACUCAAUACCUAUCCGUUUGCUUUGUACAAUGCAACAGUAUUAGCGGCAUGGCUCAGAAUUUGCAAAAGAAGCCCUCCAAGGGCAUACUGAAGACGUCACGCAGUGUGGACGUGCAGAGCAGCGAUGGGGCUCCGUCGACGAGCAAGCGGGCGAAGGAGCAGCGAUUCGACGAGAUGAACAUAAUGGAGACGUUCCACCCGGCGAAUAAGGAUUACGGGCACAUGAAAGUGGACGAGCCGAAGACGCCGUUUUCAGAACCCGUAGACGGAGAUAUGGAGCCGGCAGAUGAGCUGGACGCGAACAUUUUGGCGGCGAAGCUGGCGGCCAGUAUGAACAAGCCACCCAAGUGCGUGGAGGCCGACAGUGACGAUGACAUGGACGAGUCGGACGAGGCGCGGGAGCGCCGGCUCGAGUUUGAGAAGAAGAGGAAAAUGCAUUAUAAUGAGUUCCAGGCAUUACAACUCGCUAGAAAGCUACUAGCCCAAGAAGAAGAGGAAGAGGAAGAAAAAAACUCCACCUGACUGCCGUGCACACCUCCCCAUCUCCGCCUUCAAGGCUGCGUGUAAAGGCUUGUAGAGUCCACACUUAAGAGGAAAGGGGACAACCUGCACUCCAUACAAGUAGCAGUCCCCAUUUUCCUCUCUGGAUAUUGACAUUAUGGAAAAUAUUUUUACAUAAUUUGAUGUAUAGCUAUGCCCCAAUGUUUGACAUUUUUCGAUUUUUUAUUAUUAUAAAAAUUGGAGCGAAAACAGAUUUCAUACAAAGUUUUAUGUACCUAACUCUAAUAAUAAUUAAAAAUGCCAUGGAUGAUGUACAACAAAUUGUGUCAAAAUAUUUUCAAUAAUAUUAAUUUCUAGAGAGGAAAAUGAGGACUCUGUUUCUAUGAAAAGGCGAUUUCGCGCGGGUCCUCCACUUUCGUCUUAACUGACCAUUCUUAGAUCCCGUGAAUCACAUGAACCCGCUGCGAGUAUUAUUAUUAUUAGUAUCUUGGCCUGUGUUCUGGUAUUAUGGCUCGUAGGUAACAUUCCUCGUGCCGCCCAAUGUACAUUAGGAUGUACACUCAGUUUUGAUGGAAUGUCAACCGUAAUAAAAAACAAAGUAGGUAGCAUUUCAUUUGUCUUGUAAAAUUUUCGAACAAAUGAAAUUCAACCCAAUUAGAAAUACAACAAGAUUCUAACUUCCUUGGCAAUAAUUUUGUAUGAUGGGCGGCACGAGGUUAGUAAAUAUGGGUAAGCGUGGCUGGCCGUCACAUUGGGGCUUGCUUACACAUUCACUCACACACAUUCAUUCAGCCAGGGAGUGUAGUAUUUUGAGCGUGAAAUUAACCGAUCGCAUUAAAAAUACAAUAAUGCGGUCCAAUACGCGAAUCACUGACGUAACUGAAACUGCCGCCAAGCUCUGUCUGCCGUAUGCCGGAUGAUCUGUGGGCCAAAACAGCCGCCCGUUGGGUCCCACAGAUUAUAAGGCGUCACGGCAGACCUCGCCGGAGAUGGUCGGACUAGCUUGACGCCUUUGACAGAAACUGGUGGGAGACUUCAGGGGAUAGGGAUACGUGGAGAAAUAAGGAGGCCUUGCAGCCAGGCACCUGGCUUCUUUUGCAGGAGGCCUCCAGCAGUGGGACAAUAUGGGCUCAUAAUAAAAAAAUACAUAUGUAUUCAUUAGUGUUAAUUGCCAGUUCAUACAUUUGCCACUAAGCAAGGCUGUGUAAAGAGGCCCCAAUCUGAAGGCCAGCCUCACUUACCCGUAUGCCACUUACUUACUUAAUGGCACAGCAACCCAAAAUGAGUCUUGGCCUCCGACACGAGUACACGCCAGUUGUCUCGAUCCUGUGCCAUCUCCCGCCAGUUAUCGGCAUGGAGAUCGCGCAAGUUCGCUUCAACCGCCACACUUACCCUAAAUGACCUUAUAUCAUUCAAGAGCCAAAUCAUCACAAAUAGUAAUCAUGGUGUUAAUAUUUGUGCCAAUUUCAACCAAAAAGGUGCUUAUUGUCGGUUGUGAAUAAAGCGCUAUUUCCAUGAACCUUCAAUUUGAAAUCAAGCUUAUUGACAAACAACAAUAUGGUACCUUUUACUUGAAAACGUCGCAUUUAAGCUUCAGGUUCAUAAGUGCUAUGUAACCUGCCAUCAAUUUUUUCAUCAGUCAAUCUUGCUAAUCUAGUGACAUUGAACAGGCUUUUAAGAUUAAACUUUAAAAUGCGUGUAAUUCAUAUGGAAGACAAUAAUAAUAAAAUAUGUCGUGCUAAACAAUGCAAUUUAUAUUUCCAGAUAGUUUGAAUAGAGUUACGAAAGUACGAAAUUCUAAGAACUUUAUACAUACAUUCACCAUCAAAAAUAUCUGAGCUGAGCUUACCCUAACAUCAUGGGAAGCCCUCAUGCCCCUGAUGGUGACUGCGUAUUCAAAAUUACCAGGGUUGACUGUAUGACAGACACCCAUAACUUACAAAGUUUACAUAAUGUUUAUAAUCUUCAUUGUACAGUAUCUUAGCAGCAGAAGUUGCUAAGCGGGCGAGGUGUUCAAAAUUACCUUUACACGCUCUUAUCCUCUUAACAAUAAAGUCGCGUCGAGAUCGUUUUGUACACCUCGCCCGCUUAGCAACUUCUGCUGCUGACUGCUCAACCCUUUUGUCUAAGACGAUUAAAAUAACAAACAUCAUGAUUAAACUCCAUUAUUAUUUAUAAGUUGUGAUAAAUCAUUCGAUUGGUGUAUUACAUCAAAGAGAAUUGAUUGUAAUGUAUAUGUGUACUAAUGUAUAUGUAUAUAUGUACUCAAUCAAUGUAUCUUUGGUGUAUAUCGAAAGAAUUCAAUUAAAUAUCAAAGAAGCCAUACGUGGUUCCUUCCAAGGCGGUUGAGUCGAUUCUAAAAGCAUUAAACACAAUGAGUGUAUGGUAAAUUAUACAGAAUUUCUUAUCUAUUAUUGCAUAUUUUGCCUUUUUUUAUAUAAAAUAUAUUUUGUAUUGUAUUUCCUACUAUUAUUAACCUAAGCCAUGAAAAGUUGCAUAUGCAACAGUUGAAUAUGAUAGAAGUUUUGGAAUGAAUUCAAGGUGCAGAAAUAAUUGUGUUACCUGUUUUAACAACCCUUAUUAGUUUUACAAACAUGAACUUUCUUUAUUAACUAAAACUAAUAGACUUCACUCGAAUGAGUGUAUGACCUCGACAUUCGACAUUAUAUAUUAAUACAUUAUAGAUUCCUCAUUAGGUACGGUCUGGUAAUUUAAUUUCAGUACUAUAUUGUACCUUGUCACUGUGACAAUAGUAUGAGGUCUCUAGCGACUUAUUAUUUAUUUUGUACUCCAUUUUGGAUUUCACGGGCCUAUAAAUCCCGGUUUUUUGAUAGGCUUGCGUGGGGAUACAGAUCCAACACGCAGAGGCCCCUUGGGGAGAUUUAAUGUCAUGUAGAAUGUUAUUAUUAUUUAUUUCAUAUUGAUUGCCACUGUGCCAAGGUACGAAAUGGUACUGAAAUUAAAUUCUUUGACAGUACCUACUUAAAUUCAGUUGUUACAAAGGUAAUCUUAAAUUUAAAUUUUCUAUUCCGGUACUGUUUGCUUCCAACAUUUCAAUGUGCCAAUUUCAGUCAUCUUCCUUUGUAAUAAGGUUCCAAAUUGAAUAGCCAUAUCUUUAUUCUUGUGUUAAUUUGAGGGGCACAGUUGGGAGGUGUUAUAAGUUCGUGGUUUAUUAAUCAAACUUAUAUACAUCUAAUGAACGAGAAAUACCAUAAAAAAUAUAUAGAACCUAAAUUUGCUAAUACUAUCCAAGCCUAACAGAGUACGCUAUUCUUAACGUCAUUGUAAUAGUUGUUCAGUAACUUCAGUAUGAUCUACAUCAAACAGGGUUAUAACCGCCAAAAUCGAAGUUCGCAUUGCGGGCAUCUGUUUCUGUCUCUUUAAUUACUACUUCAUUGGAGUAAAAGAGAAAGAUCCCCGCAUAUUGCGAAUUUCGGUUUUCGCGGCAGCCCCACAGAUGUUAGACUCAACAAAGUCACUGUAUAAGUGGAUAAAUCCUCAGCACGUUUACGGCGCGUGUAUUAUUAUUAUUAACUAACACAAGUACUUGUAUGUGCCGUGCUGUCGGCGUGUGAAAACUCGUAUUCCGGGCGGGGCGUG